AUGAUUUGGAUAGGUACCGUAACAGAUAGUAACACUGAUAGCAGUCGACAGAAUGACAGAACCACAGAAGAUAAGGAGAGAAACAUGGAGAAAAUGGAUGACGAAGACGAACAUAAUGAUGAUGGUGAGGAUGACGAAACUGAGGAAAAACGAAUAGUAGCUUUGCACUUGAUGCCAAGCGUUGCUUACAGUUUGUCAUUUCAUCUUAUAUCGUUACAAUGUUUCAUGAACUUUGGUUACAUUAAAUUUUUGAAAGAAAAGUAGUA